AAUGGCUUAAUCAUUAAAGCUUAUAUUGAUCAACUUUAAUUUUCAUAACCAUUUCAACUUCUAUUCUUCUUUUUUUUUAUUUUUAUCAGCACCUCUUACAUUAUUGUUAACUUCCCUUCCUCCACAUCUGUAUAUACAUACGCUCAACCAUCUCUUCCAGAAUUUCGUAUUUCAGGCACUGACAUUAACAAUAACAGAAUAAGAGAAUAUAUACUAUGACUCACCCAAAAGUACAACUGAUAACUGGUGAGAAUGCUUCUUUUAAAGCAGCCCAGCUUUUGAGUGAGCACGUCUACACUUACAAGAAAAUCGAUCAUGUCGAAGAAGUAGAAAACAGCAUCUGGGGAAAAGCAGUUUCUCAUUCAGUCUACAAACAGCAGGAUAUUGUAUCUUAUUUACGACGAGGCGCUCAUGCUUCUGCACUUAUUCCCUCUGAUACACUUCUUCCAGCCAUUCCACAACUUUACAAGCUUGCAUCACAAAAAACUGGCGUUGUUCUUCAUGUUUCUGCUGAAAAGUCUUCACCAUCUUCAUCAUUUGCUGAUUUCUCUAAAGUGAUGGCAGUACGCCAAAGUGGUUGGACACUUUUGAGCUCAUCUACUGUACAAGAAGCUCACGAUUUAGCCAUUAUAGCUCAUGUUGUCGCUAUUAAAACGAAUACUCCUGUGUUGCAUUUCUUCGAUUCCAAACGUAUUGCACAAGAAUAUGCUACUAUUCAAGUCGUGGACCAAAAAACACUUACUCAGCUUGUGUCAGCCGAGGAUCUUGAAAAUUAUCGUCAACAGCAAGAGACUCUGCUCCAACAACAGCCUCAAUCUGCUUAUCUUCAAUACAAGCAAAAGAAGGAGCAGGAGCAACAAGAAGGAGAAGAGCAAAAGGAUGUGGACGUCUAUGCUACUGUUCAUCAAGUAAUGGCACAAUUCGCCGAGAUAACAGGUCGUCAAUAUAAACCAUUGGAAUAUAAGGGUCAUGCUGAGGCGGAACAUGUUGUGGUAGCGAUGGGUGCAGGCGCAACCGUCGUAGAGAAAACAGUAGAAGCCAUUCAAUCUACGAAGAAAAAUUCAAAGAUUGGUGUCCUUAAAGUGAGACUGUACCGUCCUUGGUCAGAUACUGACUUUUUGCAAGCUUUACCCAGUGCUUCCGUCACACGUUUGGCCGUAUUGGAACCCUCUCAUGAUCACGCAUCCACCUGGAACCCUUUAUUUUUGGAUAUCACUGCUGCAUACCAAACAGCCGAGGAUAAUGAUGUGGAGAUUAUUAGUGGCCAAUAUGGUGUAGAGUCUCAAGAUUUUUCACCCGCUCAGGUUCAAGCUGUAUUUGCGGAACUGAGCAAGCUCAAUUUCCAACGUAAAUUCGAAGUGGCUACCUUGAAACCUGUUAUUGAUGAUAUCAAAACCAUCUCUCCCGCUGGUACAGAAGAGUUCAUUAUUGUCCAGGAUGAAGCUCUUGCUUUAAAUUAUGCUCAGAUUGCUGUUUCAACUGGUAAAAAUGCUCAAAUUUAUACAGUUAAUGGCGUUUCUCAUAUUCGUGUUUCCAGUUCAUUCGAUACCUUUAUUCCUUCUCUUAUUGCAACGGCUGAAGCUGUACUUUUACAAGAUAACAAAAUUAACGCUGCUCCCGCACUUGAAGGCGGCCUUGCAACUGACGGCAUCCUCAUUCUGUCUGGUACCGCUGCUGAUGCCAAUUUGGACAGCUUUACCAAAUGCACUAAGCGUUACAUUUAUGAAAAUAGUACCAGAGUGGUUGCAAUUGACAAUGCCAAGGACCUUGUCUCCUCAGGUCUGUCCACUGCGCUAUCAAACGCUGUUGACCGGGCUAUUCCUGAAAGCUGGGGCCCGGACUCAUUCCCCAGAACGCCUUUCUUCCCUCCACCUGCCACUCCUGCACCUGCUCCUUUACCUAUCGAAACACCUUACUUGAAAAUGCUCGAUCAAGUAUUCCAAGAUCGUCUCGAGAUUGCCAAUGCUACUAACAGUGCAUCUGUUUGGUCGCGUGAUGAGCAAAACCCUGAGGCUGCUGCACCUGAAUUCGGAUAUGGUAAAUUGUUAAAUCGUAUUCAAGAACGUACCCGUUUCAUUGACGCUGCUGAACAAAUUGUCAAGGAGAAUAAAGUAUCGUCGACUUUAUACAAGGCCUUAUCUCAAUGGUUGUUGUACGUUAAAUCUGACAAACAAGAUGUCAAUGCUGUGAACAAGGCUGCCAAGGCGGUCAUUGCAGCUUUAGGCGAUGCAACAAUUGAUGAAGAGAAGUAUAUUGUGAAGAACAAGGAAUACUUAUUUGCAAAGUCUAAUUGGUUGAUUGGGUCUGAUAAGUGGGCUUAUGAUCUUGGCCAAUCUGGUGUUCAUCAUGUCAUCGCUCAAGGUGAAAAUGUGAAUAUGUUAAUCGUUGAUACCUUGCCUUAUUCUGAUGGAAAGAUCUCACGUGAAGAGCGUAAGAAAGACAUUGGUCUUUAUGCUAUGAGUUUCGGAUCUGCUUACGUUGCUUCCGUUGCUGUUUAUUCAUCCUAUACCGGUGUAUUGCAUGCUCUUAUGGAAGCUGAUGCUUAUCAAGGUCCUUCUAUUGUUUUGGCUUAUUUGCCUCAACAACACAAAGAAGUUGAAAAUGGAUACCAUGUUGACCCUAUUUAUACUUUGAAGGAGACCAAGAUCUCCGUUGAUAAUGGCGCUUGGCCUUUGUAUCGCUGGAAUCCAGCUUUGGAAUUGGAAAAUAAGGAACCGUUUGCUUUAGAUUCUCAACGUAUCAAGAAGGAUCUUGAAAAGUUCUUGGAGCGUGAAAAUCAUUUCUCUCAAAUUGUUUCUGAACAUCCUGAUAUCUCUGAAUUACUUGUGAGCUCGUUGGAGAAGGAUGUUGAUAGGCGUCACAAGAAAUUGAAACGUAAAGCGCGUGAGGAUUAUGUAAAGCUGCUUUCAGGUUUAGGCGCGGCUAAUGGUCCUCCUUUAACCGUCUUAUUUGCUUCUGAUAACGGCAAUGCCGAAGGCGUUGCUAAAAAGAUCGCUAAUCGUGGUAAAUCCCGUGGUCUACAAGUAAAGCUUAUGGCUAUGGAUGAUUAUGAGGAUGUGAAAGAAUUGGGUGGCGAAACAAACGUUGUAUUUAUAGUUUCCACUGCUGGUCAAGGUGAAUUUCCCUCAAAUGGUCGUGAUAUGUGGAAGGCGCUCAACAACUUAAUUACGGGAGACGCUGACUUCUCCCAGCUCAAUUAUGCUGUCUUUGGUAUGGGUGAUAGUCAUUACUGGCCUCGUGAGGAGGACGCUAUGUUCUAUAACCGUCCUGGUAAAUUGAUAGAUGCAAAGUUGGAAACCUUAGGCGCCAUCCGUCUUGUUGAAUUAGGCUUGGGUGAUGAUCAAGAUGCCGAUGGUUUUGAAACUGGUUUAGCUGCCUGGCAACCAGAAUUUUGGAAGGCUUUAGGUGUGAAAGACGUAGGUGCUGAAGACGAUGAACCCAAGUUAACUGAUGAUCAAAUGAAAAUCAACUCCCACUACCUUCGUGGCACCAUUGCUGAAGACCUCGCUGAUGAAUCAACAGGAGCUAUUGGCGAGAUCAACGGUAAACUGCUCAAGUUCCAUGGUUCUUAUGGUCAGGACGAUCGUGACGUCAGAGAAGAGCGUAAGAAGAUGGGUUUGGAAAAGGCUUAUAGUUUUAUGAUCCGUGUACGUAUGCCCGGUGGUGUUGCUACUCCUGCUCAAUGGCUCGCUAUGGAUGAAUUGGCUGACAAAUACGCUAAUGGAGCUAUUAAAAUGACGACGCGUCAAGCUUUCCAAUUGCAUGGUGUGCUUAAGAAAAACCUACGUACCACCAUCCGUGGUAUUAACAAAUCUCUUCUUUCUACCUUGGCUGCUUGCGGUGAUGUCAACCGUAAUAUCAUGGUCACACCUGUUACUGAAAUUCCUGAAGUUCAUCCCCAAGUUCAAGAAUUCAGCAUAAAAUUGAUGGAACAUUUGGCUCCUAAAACAACUGCUUAUCAUGAAAUUUGGUUAUCAAACGAACUAGUGGCUGGUAAUGCCGUACAAGACUUCGAACCUAUUUAUGGCCCUACUUAUUUGCCCCGUAAAUUCAAGAUUGUCGUAGCAGUUCCUCCCAAUAACGAUGUCGAUAUUUUUGCUCAUGAUUUGGGCUUUAUUGCUAUUGUUGAUGAGCAAAAGAAAGUGACCGGUUACAACGUUACCAUUGGUGGUGGUAUGGGUAUGACACACGGUAACAAGAAGACAUAUCCUCGUCCUGCCAACGUGAUUGGUUACGUUCCUGCUGAAUUAGGCGUUGCUUGUGCUGAAGCUGUUAUGACAACACAGCGUGAUUAUGGUGACCGUACCAACCGUAAGCAUGCUCGUUUCAAGUAUACUAUUGAUACCCACGGCCUAGACUUUAUUAAAAACGAGAUUGAACAACGUAUGGGUGCCAAAUUCGAAGAAAUCAAACCUUUUGAAUUCAAGGAUAAUGCAGAUCGUUAUGGUUGGUCUAAGGGCUUGGAUGACAAAUGGCAUUUCGGUAUGUUUAUUGAAAACGGUAAGAUCAAGGACUGGCCUGAUUUCCAACCCAAGAGCGGUCUAAAGGAAUUAGCACAAUGGCACAAAGGUGAAUUCCGCUUAUCUCCCAACCAACAUCUUAUCAUUGCCAAUGUACCUGAAGAAGAUCUUGAAAAGACAAAAGCUCUCUUAGCUAAAUACAAGAUGGAUAAUCUCUCCUUUACAGGCCUUCGAUUGAAUGCCAUGGCUUGUGUUGCUUUACCAACCUGUGGUUUGGCUAUGGCAGAAUCUGAGCGUUAUUUACCUACACUUGUUGGCCAUCUUGAACAUGCUAUUGAGGAAGCUGGUCUCCGUGAUGAUGCUAUUACAAUUCGUAUGACUGGUUGUCCUAAUGGUUGUGCUCGCCCUUAUCUUGCUGAACUCGCCUUUGUAGGCAAAGCACCCAAUACAUAUAAUGUCUAUCUCGGUGGUGGACAUCAAGGUCAGCGUUUGAAUAAGUUAUAUAAAGAAAGCUUGAAGGAAGAAGAAAUCUUAAAGGAGAUUAAUCCUAUCAUCAAACGAUAUGCUUUGGAGCGUCUUCAAGAUGAACCAUUUGGUGACUUUGUCAUUCGUGCUGGAUACGUUAAGAAGACUAUUACAGGCACUGACUUCCAUGAUCUUUAACACAAAAAGCAUAUAAUAUGUGUUGUAGCAAUUUAACUGUACAAUAUUAAUUCUUCUAUGUCUACUAUAUGUAUCUUUUUGCAUCUCUUCAUUUUUUUUCUUAUUAUAUCUAAUUGAAAUGAUCCCCCUUCCCUAUAUAUGACUAUGACAUCCACCUCGGUGUCAAAAGUUUUCGAAUAAAAUUUAUAGACUGUUACUAUUUUGCUUUAAGCUUU